UCUCCACCUUCCUGUGAUUUAAACCCAACACGCAACUGUGCGAUAAACCUGGUAAAAAAACGCGUGCACGUGUUCAUGUGUUUAUAAAUGUCCGCGUGUAUUAGACGUAUUCUUCCCGGAACGUGAGGAGUUUAUGUUCCCGGACGUGCAGGUCAUAACAUAGGUUUUUUCAUCCUGAAUCAACAAUGGCUUUCAGCAAGGGAUAUCGCAUUUACCACAAGCUGGACCCGCCCCCUUACAGUGUCCUAGUGGAAACAAGGACCAGGGAAGAAUGUCUCAUGUUUGAAUCGGGGGCCGUCGCUGUUCUGUCGGCAGCAGAGAAAGAGGCCAUUAAAAGUACCUACAGCAAGAUAGUGGACGCCUAUGGAAUCCUGGGCGUCCUCCGCCUAAACUUGGGGGACUCCAUGCUCCACAGUCUGGUGGUGGUGACAGGAUGUAGCUCUGUGGGGAAGGUGCAGGACUCUGAGGUUUUCAGGGUCACACAGACAGACUUUAUAUCACUGAAGAAUGAUCCAGGAGACGAGGACCGGAUCGCUGAGGUGCGAAAGGUCCUGAACUCAGGACACUUCUACUUUGCUUGGUCUUCCACUGGAGUCAGUUUGGACCUGAGUCUCAAUGCACGUCGCAGGAUCCUAGAAGAUACUACAGACAACCGCUUCUUUUGGAACCAGUCUCUUCACCUGCACCUGAAACAUUACGGAGUAAACUGUGAGGACUGGCUGUUGAGGCUGAUGUGCGGCGGUGUGGAGAUCAGGACCAUCUAUGCAGGUCACAAACAGGCCAAGGCCUGCAUCUUCUCCCGCCUCAGCUCAGAGCGAGCCGGCACGCGAUUUAAUGUCCGGGGAACAAACGACGAUGGACAGGUCGCCAACUUUGUGGAGACUGAACAGGUUAUUUUCCUGGAUGACAGAGUGUCCUCCUUCAUACAGAUCCGUGGGUCCAUUCCUCUUUUCUGGGAACAGCCAGGAAUCCAGAAAAAGUCCAUUAAGGGUGUUUUGUUGCAUCUGAAUGAGAAUCGGAACCUUAGUGGACCGGAUGAAAACCCCCACCUGGUCGGCUCUCAUCGUGUCAAACUCUCAAGGGGAUUUGAGGCUAACGCACCAGCGUUCGAAAGACACUUCACUGCACUGCGGAGGUUGUACGGUAAGCAGGUGAUCAUCAACCUGCUUGGGAGUAAGGAAGGAGAACACAUGCUCAGUAAAGCGUUCCAGAGUCAUCUAAAGGCGUCGGAACAUGCGGGAGCAGUGAAGAUGGUGAACUUUGACUACCACCAAAAUGUGAAGGGAGGCAAAGCAGACAAACUUCACAGUGUCCUGAAACCCCACGUCAACAAGUUUGUAGACGAGUGCGGGUUCUUCUAUUACUCUGGAGAGUCCGGCAUCACAAGGACUCAGGGUGGGACCCUCAGGACCAACUGCCUGGACUGUCUGGACAGAACUAACAGUGUACAAGCCUAUUUCGCCCUCGAGAUGCUGCCGAAGCAGCUGGAGGAAAUGAGUCUGACGGAGAAACCCCAGCUGGUGGCCCGGUUCCAGGAGGUGUUCAGGACCAUGUGGUCGGUCAAUGGAGAUUCCGUCAGUAAGAUCUAUGCAGGCACCGGGGCUCUGGACGGGAAGGCCAAGACUGGGAAGCUGAAAGACGGAGCUCGCUCUGUGACGAGGACCAUCCAGAACAACUUCUUCGACAGUUCUAAGCAAGAGGCGAUCGACAUCCUGAGACUGGGCUCCACACUCAACAGUGAUUUGGCGGAUAAAGCUCGGGCCUUGCUCACCACUUCCAGUCUUUAUGUCACUGAGCCCGUCUUACAAUCAGCCUCCCCAAGGGUAUUGCUGGGAAUGUGUCAGAACUACCAUAAAUACACAAUGCCCAAGCAGAUCCGGGUGUGUGUCGGCACCUGGAAUGUGAACGGGGGUAAACAGUUUCGCAGCAUUGCUUUCCGCAACCAGACGCUCAACGACUGGCUGCUUGAUGCUCCAAAGAAGGCGGGGCAUCCUGAGUUCCAGGACAGCAAAGCCAACCCCAUAGAUAUAUUUGCCAUCGGUUUUGAGGAAAUGGUUGAACUGAAUGCCGGCAACAUCGUCAGUGCCAGCACCACGAACCAGAAGCUGUGGGCAGCUGAGCUCCAAAAAAACAUCUCACGGGACCACAAAUACGUUCUACUGGCUUCAGAGCAGCUGGUGGGAGUGUGUCUGUUUGUUUUCAUCCGCCCACAGCAUGCGCCCUUCAUCAGGGAUGUGGCCGUGGACACUGUAAAAACUGGAAUGGGCGGAGCCACAGGCAAUAAAGGUGGUGUUGCCAUCCGCCUCCUGUUCCACACCACCAGCAUCUGCUUUGUCUGCUCCCACUUCGCUGCUGGCCAAUCACAGGUCAAGGAGAGGAAUGACGACUACAGUGAGAUCACGCGCAGGCUCAGCUUUCCCAUGGGUCGUCUGCUGUACUCGCACGAUUAUGUGUUCUGGUGCGGAGACUUUAACUAUCGCAUCAGCCUGCCCAACGAGGAAGUGAAAGAACUCAUCAAACAGCAGAGCUUGGAAGCCUUGACAGCUGGAGACCAGUUGUUGGAUCAGAAGAAUGCUGGUUUGGUCUUCCGAGGUUUUAUCGAGGGAAAGUUAGAUUUUGCUCCCACCUAUAAGUAUGACCUCUUCUCGGAAGAUUAUGACACUAGCGAGAAGUGCCGCACACCAGCCUGGACUGACCGUAUACUCUGGAAGAGGAGGAAGUGGAACUUUGACAAAACGGCUGAGGAGAUGAAUAUAGUUGGUGCAGCUUCUACAUCUUGUGAGAAUGAGGAGGAUCCAGACAACCCUUGGAACCCCGGCACUCUGAAGUACUAUGGCAGGGCUGAGCUUAAGACCUCAGACCACAGGCCUGUGGUGGCGAUAAUGGACGUGGACAUCCUGGAGGUCGACCCAGAUGCUCGGCACCAGGUUUACAAAGAUGUCAUUGCCAUGCAGGGGCCUCCAGACGGAACCAUCCUAGUGUCGCUCUGCACCUCCGGCCCUGACGACUACUUUGACGAUACGCUCAUAGACGAGCUGCUGGACAAGUUUGCUCAGUUUGGAGAGGUCAUCCUCAUCAGGUUUGUCGAGGAGAAGAUGUGGGUGACUUUCCUGGAAGGUUACUCUGCUCUCGCUGCUCUUUCGCUCAGUGCUUCCACUGUCCUUGGCAAAGUGAUUGACAUCCGUCUGAAGAGUUCAGGCUGGAUCAAGAGUCUGGAGGAGGAGAUGAGUGUGGAGAGGAUCUGUGGAAGUAUCCCCACCUCAGCUAGCUCCACUCUGCUGGCUGAGGACACGGACAUGGGCGACGAUGAUUACGACAUGGAGGGUGAUGUGGACGAGGAGGUGGAGGAGAUCCUUCCCCAGCACCUACAGCCUGGAGCAGGCGCGGCAGGAUCCUCGCCUCUGCCCUCCCCCCACAGCAGCCCCAGUCCCUCCCCGACCCACGGAGAACCAUCGGCCCCCAGCAGACCCAGUCGUGCACAGCAACCCUCCCGACCAUCGCAAGCUGAUUUAAGUCCAUCGUCAGUGAGGAGAGGAAGUUCAGGGCCUCCUGUUGACUUCCAGCCGGGUGCCCCCACAUCUCUAUGCCUGGAGCCCAAGCGUGCACCUCCCCCUCGUCCUAAUGCACCUCCAGCCAGACCAGCACCCCCUCAACGUCCACCUCCACCUUCAGGAGGCAUGAGCCCUCUUCCAGUUAGGAAGAACUCUGGAGCUUUUCAACUUGACUAUGGCGAGUGUCCCAGCCCUCUGCUCGGUAGGAGAGGCAGUGAAGGACCAAAAAGCCCGGCUCUUCCUCGGCCCUCUGCUGCUGCAGCUCGAGGAGCAGCAGGAGCUCCUGCGCCUGGAGGUUUCCCCAGACCGAAUAUCCCUCCUCGAGCCGGGGUGAUCAGUAUUCCCCCACAGUCUCGCCCACCACAUCCUUCUCACCCAGGAGCACCUAGACCGAUACCAGAAAUGCAUCCUGGAGCCCCCCGACCCAUCCCGGACACCCAUCCUGGAGCCCCUCGACCUGUGACCGGUGUCCUGGAGAAACCCACUGACCUGCCUUUGGGCCCUCCACUCUCAGGACCACUUCCUGCAGUGAGACCCCAGGCUCCAUCAGAAAUGCCGCCCCAACCUCCUGCCCCCUCAGUUCAGUCCCAGCUCCCACGACCGAUCCAGCCCACACUUCAAGCUCCGCUCCAGCCGCAGCAGGCUGCAGCUCCCAAAGGAGGAUUUCCUCCUGCUGCUGCUGCUGCAGCUGCCUCCCCUGCUGGGCCUCCGCAGGGUCUGGCCUCUCCCAAACCCCCACCACGUUCCCGCUCCUCUCACGUUCUGCCGCCUGAUGACGCCAAGCCUGAGACGGCCCCAGCUGCACAGACCAAUGGACUGAAUGGACUCCAAAACGAAGCACAAUGGAAGCCUGACCCCUUCGAAACACUCCUCUCCUCCUCUUCCUCCUCCUCCUGGCACACCACCCAGUCCCUGACCAGAGGCUCCUCUCUGCGAGCUCCCCCCUCUGUUCCUCCAUCUACAUUCUCCUCCAGCACUCUCCCCUCAUCCUUCUCCCUGCAGCCCUCUGCUCUGUCAGACCUGCAAGCGCUCGAUUCAUCCUCCUCUUCCUCGCUCUCCACCCCAUCGCCACUUGCCUCCACCUUGCUACCGCCUCCUCCGGCCCCGUCUCGCAGUCGCUCGCAGGAAACGCUGCGUGCCUCCCCCUGCCCCUUCCCGACUGAGUCGCUUCCUGCCCGACCCAGCAGCACCAAUCCCUUCACAGGUCCGCUCACACAGCUACAUCGCUCGCUCACCCCGGACUUCAGCGUCCAGCGUCCAGGCCCGGCAUCAAACCCUCAGAGGCCCAUGCUUGCUCUCACUCAGCCACUCAUUCCCACUCGUUGUCCAGCAAUGGUCCCUGCAGCUGCACCCGCCUCCCAGCUCCAGGGGACAAUGUCCCUUUUUGCACCUUCAUCCAUGCUCAGUCCUGCACCCCCGGCUCCCUUCACCCCCGACCCAUCUCCUGCUCCUGCCUUGCCUCUGGCACCACCCUCCUCCAUCCCACCUACCAUUGCCCCUCGCUUACAACCUCCUCCACCGGGAGGCAACCCAACCAAGCAGUGGGUCACUUUCGACGAUGAUUUGGGUUUCUCAACCGCGACAAAAACACCACACAUCCCCGUCGUCCCUUCCAAUUCCCUUCUGCCCCAAACUCAGACUCCUCGCUCUGUGUUCGACUCGGAGCCCGACUGGUUAUCCACGGCCCCUUCGGCAUUCCCGACCCUCCCUCCUCCCGUCUCUACCAGAACUGCAACUGCUAACCCCAAACUCCCAGAGGGUCCCAGUGACAGCUGCUUCUUCCCCGGGGAGUCGACAGAAAGAUAGGAUCCCCCUUAAUAUGUAAAGGGCAUGUCCAGAUAUGUAUAGACCAAUGACAAAAUGUGUAUAUGUUUGUGUGUAUGUACAAAAGAGACAGUAUUUAAGUAGUACAGACCAUUCCCCUUCUUAAACACAGGAAAGGAUUUAUAUCUUGAGCAGAAUAAUGAGACGCGUGUUCCAACUUUACCCCACAGAUAUUAGCUUGUUCCCUAAUAUUUACAUUUAUUUUAAUAUAAAUCGUUCCGAUGUUUAUUUGUAUCCAUAGCAGCAGACGUGCCUGUGUCUACAGUAUACAGUUAAACAAAGUAUAUCUAUACGCACAAAUCAUUUGUGUAAGCACCUGUGCAAUAUCAAGACACGUCUCUGGCCGUAAAGUACGCCGCCUCCGCCUGCGAGGAUCCACCUGAAUCAAUGUUGCCUCCAUAUUUACGAACACGCUGCGGUUUAUAUCCCUCAUUUCUGACUGAUCUGUGCAUCAGAGGAGAUGAUCAUCUUCUACUUUCUCAAUUUUGUCAUGUAGAUUUGCUGCUGUACGCAGCAGUUAGAUACACAGAAAUACUUGUAAAUGUGUUUUUUUGAGGGGGGCCAGGUUAAAAGUCACAUUGUGUGCUAGCUUUUUUCAUGAAUGUACUUUAUGUUGCACUGGGUUUGGUCAUUGCCUCCUCGCUGACGCCACAGCGGCGGCAUGACUCGGCGUCAUAGUGAAACUGCCGCAGGACUGACGCUCAUCCACCUGAUAGCAAGACACAUUCUCUCUCUACUCAGUCAUCACUCUGUCUAUAGGCCGUUCCGCUUAGCUGAAUAUAUUUUGUAGCUCUAUAUCAAAAACCUAUACAUAGUGGUUAUGUAUAUAUUAACGUUUUCAAUAUGGAAACUCUUGGCUAAUUGUGCGUGUGUGUUUUUGUGAUAACCGUAUCAGUGGUUUGCACAAUGUAACUGAUAUGCACUGAUAUGCUGUACGUGCGCUAAGACGACAACGACAAAGACGAUAGCCUGAACAGAUGAGAGGGAUUUCUUCCUCAUUUCCACUUCCUCCUUGAUUUAUCCAAAGCAUCAAACCGUGCUAGUGUAGAUUCAGAGAAUGGGGCUUCGUGUGUCUGUGCGCGUGUGUUUGCUUCCUACGAAGAUUUGAGUCUGCGAGCGUGGCGUGAAACGCGCCGUGCGUAAUAAUAAGAGGGCACAUUUACCAAGCUUUUACUUUCCGAAAAACAUUUACUCUAAAUACUCUAUUGUUGAUACUGUGGUGAGAAGUGACGUGUCGUGUUUGAGGUGCAUAUCGUCCGUUUAUGUGUUUGACAGUGUUUCUGUUUGGAUGUAAGUGUGUGUACAGGGUUAACUGUGGAACACCAGAGCUUUUCCCCUCAGACGUCUUCUCUUAUAUAAGAACACUGUGUAUUUGCUUACAGGUUCAGAACUCGCAGCCUCUGUAUUAACUCACUCGUGGCUCUAAUCGUAUCCCUGCUCUCCAGUCUGCUGACAACAAGCACCGCUGUAUGCGAAAUAGCAAACAAUACAAGACAAAGGACUUUAUUCCCCUUUCAGAGCACCCACCACCUGAGUGAGAAUUCCAGCGCUAAUGGAAGACUAUAAGUUCACUGCGUAUACAGACUCUUAAAAACUGCACUGUACGGUCGGACCCUGAAUGCAUCGCCAGAGAACAUUUUCCAGUGGGCUGUUUGUUGUGUUGCUCCCAGGUCCCCGUGCGGCACACAUUCCAGACGGGAGUGUGAUCCGAGUGUUGGGUGUCAAAUUCUUCCACAUGUGAUAUCUAACCCGUAGCUGUUUCCCUCUGGUUCGAGAGCCUCGCUGAUUCCUUAAUCAUUCUUAAGGUGUGCGUAUGUGUGGGUGUGUGUGUGGUGUUGUCAAAGGUGACGUGUCAGUAAUUCUUUGUUCACCUACUUCACUCGGUUGACAACGACGACAAGCAAUAGUUUAGCGAAAAGGGAUCAGUGAGAGCACGGUCCUCCCUAACACGACACACAGCAGCUGAUGAAGACCCAUCAGAUGGGUCUUCCCUUCUCAAAUCUCAAGAAACGAUUUAAUUAAAAGCAUUUCAAUGGUUCACGGAGGAUAAAACGUGCGAACCAAGAAAGCACCAGCUGGAUAAUGCUUAUCGCGCUCUAUCUAAUCACAUGAUUAUGAGUAAAAUCUAUAUCUGCAUUAACAGUAGAUGACUAGCCAGUGCUUUUGUGUCACGUCCUGUUCCGAGAGGAAAUUUUAUAGGAAACAAUUUGCUCCUUUUUGUGAGGUCGGUGUCCCUUUUUAUGGCUAUAACCCCCCUAGUGUAUAAGAGUCUGUGUUGUUCAACAUAUUCUGUGCGUAUUCAAGAGAAAACAUGACGCUGCGACUCAUGUCAAUAUCCCGACGUUCCAUAUUUUAAGUGCACAGCUGAUUGCACAGUUAUGUAUGAAGCAGUUCAUGUUGUAUGUAUGCAAAAAUAAAUGUUCGUUGACCUGA